ACGACGGAGACCUCCGCGAGAAAGGAGGACGUCUGCUUCCCUCCGGCUCCGGCCUUUCGAAGAUUCUUCCCACAGCGCGCGAGGAAGUCGCAAAGGGCGCGCAAGAGGAAGGAACCGGUUCGUCGAGACUCGCGAGCGUUUUUCGUCCGGAACCGGACCCGGUGCCAUCUCGCGGCCCGUUUCCGAUCGAUCGAGGAACGAUCCGGGCGCGAGUCUCGAUCGGACGGCCGCGUGCGCACAAAUCGACCUUCCUCGCCUCGCUCGCUCGCCUCGGCCGCAGCGGGAUAAAAUCGAAAGUGACGCAAUUUCGAGAACCGGCGCGACCUUUCGCUCGGAAGACGCGGCCGGGCCAAGGUGACUCCUCGCCUGGGGACCGCCGUCGACGACGUCGUCCUUGGGACGACGUCCGGAGACCUAACGGUAGCGCCCGCGCUCGUUAACCGACGCUCGACCGACGCUCGACCGCGGCAACGAUACCGACGUUGGCUAGGAAAGGCAUCCGAGGAGGCCCGUAAACUCCUUUACGAUCGUUCCGCGAAAUGCCGACCGGAAGGACUCCGGAGUCUCGGGCCGACGGUCUCGAUUCGAUCCUUUCUUACGUCGAGAUCGAAGCUCGACGCCUCGAUCGGGGAACCCACCCGGAAGCGGUCGUUUGCAGGCCGCCGCGAUUAACCGGGGUGAAGCGUUCCCAUAAAUCCUCCUCGAGCGGCCGCGUUUCCUUGACCCUCGAAAGCCUUUCGAAAACACGCGACGCGCGGAAACGGACAUCGAAAGCUCCGGCAGGCCAAGAAAAACUUCUUGAAUAACGGCGACGACCGACCUUUCCCAAGAAUCGUAAGUACGCCCUAAUUGCCUUCGAUUGCCCGACCGCGGUUUAAACCGCGAUGAUAUUUCAACGCCCCGGUCGUUAAACGAUCAGGAAACGUUUUUCUCCAGAAUCCCGUCCUUGGCCGACGAGGACCGAACGAGCGAACCGCUCGACGAUCGUUCCCUCGCGGAUGGCCGACUUCGAUCUGCCCUGGACCCGUUGGUUACGUUUUACAAUUGCCGCCAGAAACCUUAACCGCCCUUGGCGAAGGACUCCUCCGCGAUCGAGGCCAAAUUUAGUUACCAAAACGGGGAAUCCUCGCGACUCUUACGAUCGAGUCCGUGCCAGGAACCAAUUAACGUAGCAAAGAGGCUCGAUUAAUUCUCUGCCUCCUCCGCAGCCUCCGAGGAAGACUUAACCGGGACAUGCGACCGAAACCGGAACCCAAAACCAAAGAAAUACUAUUUUCUGGUCUCGACACCGAUACCGCAAACCGGAUUUCGUAACGUUAAAAAGGCGAAACUGCAGAACCGGAUUUGCAUUAGAGAGUCUUCUGGUGAUUUAACUCGCGGCGUAACCGCGCGGACCCGAUUCCACCAAAAGUUCUGCCCCCGUUCCUUUCUUCGAGAACUCAUUCUCCCGACUCGAAACGGUAGCCGGGACCGGUCUCCGUUUCCGCCGUUUCCGCCGGUCCGCGGGCCGCUCCAUUUUUGCAUCGCGCGUGCCUCUGAAAACCACGAGGGCUCCCGUUUUUGCUCGGAUAUUAACGGAAUGGAACCCCUCGGGGCCCGAGGCCUCGUUCAGCGAUAGGGUAGGGGCCCGUAGAUAUAAAGGUGGGAGCCCCUUGCUCCAGGGGCCCAGUACCGUUCAAAGAUGCAACCUGCCGGGAUGCUGCGACCGACGGGGACCGCGAUCCUCCUACCUUGCGUGCUUUUUAUCGGUUAUGCCUGUGCAGGCCCGCUGCAGGUGUUGCCAAGUAUCCCGGGUUACGUCCCUGUCUAUAUUCGACACGGCGACCAACCCCUAGAGGAAAUCAACCCUGACCUCGCCGAAGCGUUCCACGAAAGGUCAUCGCUUCCACAGGUCACUCGGAAGGAUCGAUUCGAAGAUGUUCCUGGCCAGAUUUAUUCGAAGGAAGAGGAGCACGCAUCCAAGACCGCCGAUCACCCCGCGGACGUUCGCCAUCGUCAAGCGGAGCACGAUGAACGUUCGGAAGGCAGUUUAGAGGACGGAGCGAUUCCGGUACUGAUAGUGCCCGUCGGCCUUCGAAUCGGAGCCGGCAACGAAAACGUUCAGGUGAACGAGAUGCCGAGGGCGGAACGGGAACUGCUGGAGAGACUGGCCGCGGAAAUGGAGCGCUCGGAAACGAGGCCUAACGAGCUCGGUUCUAGCUCUAAUUAUCCGGAACUGCCGGCGAGCGUCGAACGAGGUCACGGUGGCGCCAGAGGUUUCCCCGGCUCGAUUCUCGAGGAACCGGUUCCCGCUCGCGAGUCGCCGGCCCUAAGCCCUCCGGGGCCCCGGUUCCGCGCGAUGGCGCGCAGGUCGGUCAGCCAGAGGGACGUCGUCCUUAAGAACGGCACCGAGGACCGCGCUCCCCGCGAUCCGGUCACCGCCAGCCCCGCCAGCCCCGCCAGGAGCGCCCGCUUGGAAAUGGACGACUGCGACCCACCGCCGCCCCCCCCGCCGCCCGCGCGACGAUCUCCUCCUCCGCCCCCUCCGCCCCCGCGAGCGGCUCCGCCGCCCCCACCGGACUGCGAUUAUCCCUGAGUAUCUCGCCCCCGUAUCUUGAAAUUCGGCUCAAAAAUUUCGCGCCCUAUGAACGAGUUUCCCGUAGCUCCUCUUCGUCGUCCGUCGUUGACCGAUUCGGAAAUUCCCCACUUGACUCGGCGAAAUCCAUCGAUGUUUCCCUAUCGUGCAGACAAAAAUGAACGGACGCUCCAAUUGAUGUUUAUUGCCGAGUUAGAAGGAAAUCGUUCUAGUGAGAAUAUAUUAAUUUAACUCGUUACAACCCUUGGAAAAGCCCAAGAAUCGUGCAAUUUAUGGACCGAUGUCAGGACACGUAUACCGAACAGGAGGACAUCGAAGGAGACAUUGAACGCGAUCGUUUGGAUCUUUAGACGGCGCUAUACCGCUUAGAGUUUAGAAAAGCUUUAAAACGAUUCCGAUCGAAAUUCAUUAAAUACCUUUGUCGAGCGGACCGGAGAUUACCAAGCCAAGGAACGUGGACUCUUCGUCGUCCGAAUAAAAAGUUGGAAUUUAA